AGCUUUUAAAAAAUCGUUUGCCUCCUAGGUAUCUUGAAGAAAAUGAGACAAUGCAACACAGCUUGUAGAUUUGAGAGCAUUUCCCCACACAGAACACUAUCUUACUUGAUCCUCACAAUAACCUUAUAAGUAGAUAAGGCAAAUACUUCUAUACCCAUGAUUAAGCUGUAUAAACUGAGGUUUAUAAGUCACAAUGAAGCAGGACUCCAGAGAUCGACUCCAGCACUCUUAAUGUGAUAACCUGGGGACUGGACAUGCAUAAACUGGAAAGCAAAAUGGAAUUAUCACUGAGAACUGCGCCUCAGAAAAUCUUUUGGUGUCUUUGCCUACAUUUCAUGUAUAUUUUUCCAAGACAAACUUAUACCACGUUCGCAAAACACUAAUUUUCUGACCAAAAGGUCAUGGUCGUGUAUCUACAAAGUAGAUAACCUUAUAAAGUGUUUUCUUUCUGUGGUGAAAUAGUCUGAAAACAGCUCCCCCUCGCUGUCGUUUGAAGCAUAUCUCCGCCAAAGUCAAAACGCAGAGCUCGAGCAGAGUAUUUCUGCUUUGCUCUGGACCGGCAGCUGGGCUCUAGCGGUCCAGAAUGACAAAUUAAUAGGUAUUUGGUCUCGCUUGCUUCAGAGCAUCUCUUCCUGACCGGAGACUGCAUCUUUCUCACUCCCGAGCGCAGGGAUCUGGCGAUUUUUCGCUCCCAUGUGCUGGACAGCGCUGCCUGGGUGGCCGCUCUCAGGCAGCUGCUCUUUAUCCAUCCCAAGAGAUGUCCCCACGAUUCAGCAGUAACCAGACGAAGUCCCCACGGACUACUGUGGCCCAAUUUCCGCCCAUCCCCUCUGUGGGAAUCAGGCUUUUCCCGGAGAAAACCCCAGGAAUCCAGCUCAGAGAAACUAGGCCCCCGCCCCCAACUCCAGAAAACCAGGAGACGCUCCUCUUCCCUGUUGUGGAUACACCCGCGGCAGCCAGGGACGGCUUGGGGGGGGGGGCGGGGGGGUCCGGUAGGGUAACUGAGUGCGUCCUUCCGGUCCUCAGACGUAGGUCGUAGGCAGGUUAACAAAUAGCAGGUAUCAAAGAUUUAUUGAGAAGAGAGCGCCUUUUAAGUCACCCCCAGUUGUUGCCCUGGGGUGCGGAGGGAGAGGAGCGGAGCGGGGAGAGAUGAAAUUCUCGGAGCCAAGUUGCCUAGGGAAUAAAAUUAGCCGGGGGCGGCGGGGGGGGGGCGGGGGGGAGCGGGGGUCGGUUGGCUAGUUGCGGAGGUAGAAACCCCGGCUACAGGGGGCGGGGUCGAGUUCCAAGUUCAGGCGCGCUGCUCGCGCGGAGGUGGACUCGGGAUUUCAAGGUACCGCAUUAACUACGUCUGUUGAAGUCAAAUGAGGAGUUAAGGGGGGCUUGAGGAAAUACUGGUAAGCCCAGAAAAGGCAUGGCACGUCCAGUUCUCCAAGUUUUUGUAAGAGAAGCGUGGGAAAGCGCCACCAUCCUGACUCUUAAGCCGAGGAAUCGGCGAGUCUCGCAGCCCCACCCCUGCAGCAGUGAUGCAGAGGACAAUUACCGACGUAGAGAGGAGGGGAAAAAAAAAAGAAAGAAAGAAACCCCCGGGAAAGGGGAGGAGAGAGGCGAGAGAAUAGGCACGAAGCAGUUUCCAAUCAGUGGGACGAGAGGGAGCGCCUUCUGGGGAAACGAACCCCACAUAAAUAAUUGAGUUUGGAGCCCAGUGCUUUCAGAGGCUCGGAGCGCACCUCCUGAGCGUCUUCCGAGUUGAGAAAAAAACAGAGCAGGGAAAGGGCCCAGCGACGGGACCGAGAGCAGCUCAGUUGACGGUGGGACGCUGUGCCUGCAGACGUUCGCAAGAGGGCCAGCAGAGCCCAGCGAGCCCCGAAGGCAAGGAGCCCUCGAGAGCGGAGGUGGAAAGAGAGCCGGCCUCCUGAGGAGGCGCUGCAUGGGCAGCAUGCGUAUCUCCGGAGGCCCCGCCGCAGUGUCCGCGGACAACUCCAGCCAGUGGUGGCCUCUGUCUGCCGAUGGUGCCAACCGCAGCCGGGAAGCGGAGGCGUUCGGGGAAGGCCGCAGCCCACCUGGGGACGUGCGCGACGAGGAGCUGGCCAAGGCGGAGAUCGCCGUGCUGGCUGUGACUUUCGUGGUGGCCGUCCUAGGUAACAGCAGUGUGUUGGUGGCGCUGCACCGCACGCCUCGCAAGACGUCCCGCAUGCACCUCUUCAUCCGUCACCUCAGCCUAGCCGACCUGGCUGUCGCUUUCUUCCAGGUGCUGCCGCAGAUGUGCUGGGAUAUCACCUACCGUUUCCGCGGACCCGAUGUACUGUGCCGCGUGGUGAAGCAUCUGCAGGUGUUUGGCAUGUUCGUAUCGCCCUACAUGCUGGUGGUCAUGACCGCCGACCGCUACAUUGCCGUGUGCCACCCGCUGAAGACGCUGCAACAGCCAACGCGCCGCUCGCGCCUCAUGAUCGCUGCUGCCUGGGUGCUGAGCUUCGUGCUUAGCACGCCGCAGUACUUCGUCUUCUCCAUGGUCGAGGUGGACAACGUCACCAAGACCAUUGACUGCUGGGCCACCUUCAUCCAGCCCUGGGGUCCCCGCGCCUAUGUGACUUGGAUGACGGGUGGCAUCUUCGUGGCGCCCGUGGUCAUCCUGGGCACCUGCUACGGCUUCAUCUGCUACCACAUCUGGCGCAAUGUCCGCAGAAAGACGGCUUUGCGCGGGGAGAAGGGCGCGGAGGGCGCGGGUGGCCCCUUGCAUAAGGGGUUCCUGCUCGCGCCGUGUAUCAGCAGCGUGAAAACCAUUUCCCGCGCCAAGAUCCGCACCGUGAAGAUGACUUUUGUGAUCGUGACAGUUUACAUCGUUUGCUGGGCGCCCUUCUUCAUCCUCCAGAUGUGGUCUGUCUGGGAUGAAAAACUUGUCUGGGUCGAAUCGGAAAACCCAGCCGUCACCAUCACAGCGCUAAUGGCCUCCCUGAAUAGUUGCUGCAAUCCCUGGAUCUACAUGUUUUUCAGUGGCCAUCUCCUGCAAGACUGUGUCCGGAGUUUCUCAUGCUGCCGAAGCAUGAAGCAAACAUUCAACAAAGAAGAUUCUGACAGUGUGAGCAGAAGACAGACUUCUUACACUAACAACCGAAGCCUGACCAACAGUAUGGGUACAUGGAAGGACUCGCCUAAAUUUUCCAAGUCUGUCAAAUUCAUUCCUGUUUCCACCUGAGCCCACAUUCACGCAGCCUGACUCUUGUAACCAACUUUUGGGUCCACUGGCUGAAUCCUAGAAAUCAGAACAAAUGAACUUAUAAGUGAUAAGUGUAAAUCGAUGUGUUGAGGACAAGACUGGGUUUCUAGUUGCAUUUUCACAUUGCUAUGACCAAAAGUUAUGAAUUAUUUUAUACGGGAUGCUAAUUAAAAAAAAAAAUGCUACACUAAAAUUUGCAGGCCUAAUUCCCAGAAAUAGAAGUUACAUUUCUAAAGGAAAAACCAUAACCACCCUGGCUUUACAUUCUGUUGUUGGUUUCCUUUCUUUUCUUUUAUUAUGGACAUAACUAAGGCUUGAUUGAUUUAGAAGUCAUACAAUGUUGGGGCAUUAUUUCUGAACAAAGUGAGCUCAUCAUCUUAGUGUUUGAAACGAAUUAGAAGAAACUUGAGAGAAAUUGUUUCCAUCCAAUAAAAAUGAGUUUAUGCAUCUGAAAAUGCAAUCUCACACGAUGGCCUGGAGAUGGGAAGGUGCCUUGGACAAGCAUGAGCACUUGGGGCAUAUGGACCAGGGGAUGCCUGCUUCACAGCAGAAAGAGGAAAGUUCUGUUCAAUGCUGUAAAUCACCUAAAUUUCAAAAUGAUAACUUUAGAACUGGCAUUUCCCUCCUUGUUUUAGGUUCCUCGUGUUUUAUGGGUUGUUGAAAGCACAAUUACUAAGAUGCUGAAGGGUAGAGAAGAUAUUGUCAAAUGGCCAAUAAAACCUUUAUUCUCCCCCUGCAAGGCCAUUUUAAAGUCAGAUUUGUAUAAGGAAUAUCUGAUUUUAUUAGAAGAGUAGAAAUGGAUUAUACAAGGUACUAUGUAGAUUUUCUCUAGAACAUUGUAAAUAUGUUUUGACCAGCGUUAUAAGGUGUCCUGUGUUAUGCUGGUUCAUGUGUGGGGUGUCCAGAUUAUUACUUCAUGUUUGGGGUGUCCAGAUUUAUAAAUAAGAGAAUCUUCUAAAGAGUGACUCACGUCUGGGUGGCUCAGUCGGUUAAGCGUCUGGCUCUUGGUUUCUGCUGGGGUCAUGAUCUCGGGGUCCUGAGAUCGAGCCCCGUGUGGGGCUCCACACCCAGCAGAGUCUGUUUGUCCCUCUCCCUCGACUACACACCCUCCUUUGCUCUCUUGAAUAAAUAAAUAAAUAAUCUUAAAAAAAAAGAGUGACAGGAUAUAGAAAGUCCCCUCGUGCUUAAUUAAAAGUAAUUUGGUCUUUCUUUCUAGUCUCCCACCCAUCUAACAGUUAUAUAGCAGAGGAGAGGCAUGGUUGGGUGGAUGGGGGUGGGAGAUUGGGCGGGGGGCGGAACUGUUCUGCACAUAGUAUGGUUUCCUUUGCUAUUAAAUGCAUGACUUUGACAAAUUACUUAAAGACACAUAAAGCCUUCAUUUCCUUGGCUAUACAGUAAGGUUGAUAACACCUCAUAGGGUUGUUGUGAGAACCAAAUGAAAUCAAGGGUGUGAAAAGAUCUUCAUGAACCGACGAGUACUCUAUGAAUGACCAGUUAUAGUCAUAGGGUCUUCAGAAUCGCACAGCGUUUUCCUGUUUACUUUCUAUUAACCAGAAUUUGUUGGUUUCAUGCCUGGGAUAUAAAAUCCUAAAAUUUAUAUAUAGCUCUGCUGAUUCAUUGGAAAGCGUGGCCAGAGGCCACAAAGCCUGACUCCUGCCUAACCAGAGUUUUCCAAUUUAAAGAUAGAACUUGCUUUCCUUUAAAUGCAGGUAAAUCAGAGCCAGCCAAGAGCAUAGGUUUCUUUUAUUUCUAAACAGAGAUAAAUUACAGAAUUACUUGGCUCUUCUGACUGCAUUUUUCAUUAAUGGAACCCAGUGUCGUUGUUGUUGUUGUUUUUUCCGAGCUUUUUUGUCUGGCUCCUUCUCCUUCUUAGAGAUCAUGCAAUUAUUUGAGGAUACCUGAUCAAUGUUUGUAUCCCUUAGAGGAAGCAAUAAUUAACAGCAUUAUUGUAGUGUUGUGUUUUUUUUAACUUUGUAGAUAAGAAGCUGAGGACUGUACAGCCCUGUGAGAACCUAGAAGCUUCGAUUUCCCUCCACUUCAUUCUUUUGCCUUUCCAAAUUCUCAGGCUCGCUACUCCCUGAAUGGACAUGCUUAAAAAAAGUUCACAAAUGUUUUAUAGAAAUUAAGCCCGUAGGUUUUAGAACUCUGUUUUUUAAAAAUAGCAAAUAUGUCUCUUAACAGGCACUGUUGUGAGCCACCAAUUAAAUGAAUCCGUUCUUCAUUAUUUGGGUCAUAACAGUAGCUCAGUAACCCUUCCCUUGGGACUCUGUCAGCCCUUGUGACAACUUCUCUUCAACAGUUCAAAACUAAAGUCCUUUUGGUUGGUACGAAGAUGAGCCCAUCCAGUUCCAAAAUAACAACCUCACGUUUUUUGUACAGAUUGUUUCAAAAUGUUGACGCAUACCUUCAGGCAAAACAAUUCCGUUUGAAUCUUAUUUCCAGGAACAUCUCUCAAAUAAGAUGAUAGGCAUAUCAACCUACCCAGCUGUGUUCCCUCCUUUUAAAUGCAUCAGGAGACAAGAUAAC